UCGUUUAAGAUCCGAGAUGCUCAGUGUCAAGCAAGAAGUUUGUUUUGACGCGUCGAAAUUUUCGGUCAAUUUGUGCUUGUACUGGCGGUGAUUUCGGGAGUGUGGAUAAUGUAGUAUUUUAGAAAAACCGACACAUGGAUGUUGGCGCUAAGUGGCCUUGUGCCGUAUGUACGUAUGACAAUUGGCCAGCAGCAUUUAAGUGUACUUUGUGUGGUACACCAAGAAGCUCAACUCUUAUCGAAGAUGAAAUGCAACGUUUGCAUUUGUCGUCUAAAGAUUCUGAAAAAAUUGACGAGUCUUGUGCCGAGGCUGUCUUCGAUUCUACGCAACUUAUAAAGUGCCAGUCAUGUACUUAUCUUAAUCAACGACAAAACUUUAAGUGUGAACAGUGUUUUCAGGUUCUCUGUGACUCACCAGUUUUAGAUGCUGAAGUUUUCAAACAAGCUUCUUCAACAUGGUUAUCCUCUUCUACUACAACAUCUUUGUCACCAUCCGGUAAAUGGACAUGUAUUGAAUGUACAUAUGAAAACUGGCCUAAAACCAAUAUGUGUAGUUGACUAUGAAGAUACUGAGAGCAAGAAUAUUUAAAUUGUAAUCGGCGCCCAAAAUCAAAUAUUUCAUAUAAUACGCCAUUAACUUCUCGUGAUCGUUUAUGGCUGUCAGCAUGCGUUGCUGUGGUAAACGGUGAUCUAGCACCAAUUGAGCGUUACAUACUUGGUAAUGGUAGAAUAGAACGAAAACUAACAAAACAUGAGUGCCGCUAUUUGAAUUCGUAUAUGCAAUCAACUACCAUUUGCGAUAUAUCGACAACUUUUUCAAGUAUUGAUCAUUCUCCAAAACGAUUUGAUGAUGCAAAUUUGAGUCAGCUACCCGGCAGCAGCUGCUAUUCUCAUAAAACAACUAUUCCGAGUUGCGAAAGUGGAAUUGUUUGCAGUAACCUGGACUACACAUCAUCAGGAUAUAAAUUUCGAUCUGGUUGGACAUUGGUGGAUCUAGCACUUCGAUUCUGUCGUACGGAUUUAAUCAACUUAUUUAUUGCUUUAAUUGGUCUACAAGCUACUAGUAGCGCUAUAUCUGUCGGUUCUGGAUCUAAGCAUUCCACACUACCUGUGAAUUCGUCGAGUAUCGCUUCGGUCAUUACUUCAUCGAAUAGUACUACCAUUACAACUAACGUCACAGUGUCCGUUACAACUUCAAAUACUUUUUCAAGCAAUAAUCUACGUAACUCCACAUUAAAUCCUCCAUUUCAAGAUACUCAGCAAACUCACAGUAAAAACAUUCAAGUAAAUCGUAAAUUAAGCAGUCCACUAACAGGAAAUCAAAUACAUCCCUCACUUCAAUUAAUUUUGAAUCGAACACCAGGUAAUAUAAAUAAGACUCAAGUCACUAGAAGUAAGUGGAUGCCGUGUCAAGCUAGCCCUCAUAUUGCUGGUGAAUUACGAGAUCUAUUGGCGAAAACGGUAAAACAUUGUAAAGGAGACUUUCCAUGCGCUUAUUUUUCUGAAUGGGGAACUUUUGCUUUGCCUUAUUCAAUUACAAAGUUUCCUGCUCCAGUAAAACAAUUGCUGUUAUCGGAAUUAUGCGAUAUGCAAGCUCAAUCAGGUUAGUGAUGUUUUUGUUGUGACUUUAUGAGCCGCUUGUUAUCACGUAAGCUAUUCGCCAAUCAAAAUACGACUUAUUCGCUCUCAUACUGUACUAAACCAAUGACGUUCGACCGGUCUGAUCAGCCUAGCGUCCUAUUGGUCCGUUGCUCGUCUAGCCCGUCCAGCUGAGCCCAGAAUGUCAAUAACAGCCUCCACUAUGCGAAUCAUUUGUUUCAGACAUACUGGGUUUAUAUAACAAACAAACAGACCGCAACGCACCAUAAAGUAGGAAAUAACAUCUAUACACAAUAAAGCCAAAAGUGGCUGUGAACGUGAGGCAGUAGUCAAUAAACUGAACAUAGCUUAAGAACAGUAAAUCGUACAAUAAUAAAUCACAGGUCAAAAUAAAGCUUAUAAUAAGAGGAAUAUAAAUAUACAUAAUCUAAUUAUUGAAUAGUUAUACCAUAAGAAUAUAUAAAUAAUAUUAGUCCAUUAGUAUGUCUCAGACGUUACUCGUAAUGUAAUCUUCACUAGGAUAUAACAAUUUUUAAUGUCGAAACUGUAUGAAUUGUUAUAAUUUAGAACACCAAUUUUGCUAUUCAGCAGUCUCGGAUUGACUAAAUUACUGUUUAAUUACUGAUUCGAAAGCGAUAUAAUAAAAGUCACUUUCUGACUUUAAGACGUUUACCUUGUUCAUCAAUGGACAUGCAUAUUCACUAUCAAUUUGAUUAACUCCAAAAAUGAUUCCACUUUCCGAUCACUGGAUUCUUACCUACUGGAUCAGCAGUAACAUAUCUUUUUUGUCUUUCUAAACCCUUACAUGUUUCCGUUUUUUUUUCACUCGACAAGAUUAAAGCUCAGCUGUAUCGAGAACUUAUAAAAUAUAUAGGACACUAAAUUGUAUCAGUUAAUUUUACUGAUUUUGUUCACUGUUCUACUGUGGAUGUCUUUAUUUCUGUCUGUAAAUCCAUCUCAUUUCAUAUUGAUUAUAUCUAAAAAAAGAAACUGUAGAUCUUUGACGCGAAUAUGUAUGACAGUUUUAGAUGUGCGUCAUUGUCAUAGAUGCACAUUACACACCGUAUGUAUAUAUGUGUGUACUUAUUUACUGAUUUCCUUAACGAAAAAAAAACACAAAAUGUGAUUGCAUACACAUUGUUUUACGUAAUACAUAAGCUCUUUAUUAUUUUGGUUAUAUGGAAAACUGCACUUAUCAUGUGAUAAUCUUAAUAAACACACACUGAUACAUUAUGUGUAAAAAUAAACAAUUAACUUUCAACAGAAUCAUGAAUGAGAAUUCUGAUUUGUAACUUUUACAACGAAAUAUGAAAGAACACUUCAACUUAAAAAAAUAAUAAUAUUCAUUUGAAUAACAAUUAUUCCCUUGGCAAGAAGAAAGCUAGCAAAUGUGCGAAGUGAUUAAAUAACAUAGUAAUCGCGGUAACAAAUUGAAGACUGCUUUCGUUAUUUCUCUAAUUACUAAAACUUACAAAAGAAAUAUUCUGAUUUGUUCAGUGCUGAGAGAUCAUCAAGAAUUACAUAACGAUAAACUUCGCUUCCGAAUAGAUUGUCGUGAUAGUUCGUAGAAGCUGGUUCAAAUUGUCCAAAUCUCCGACAGUAUUAUUUACAAGACACUUCACAUGAUCCACAUUUACCAAAUACUUAAAUAAUUUCUUAGUGUAUCUACUAGUAAUACCAUGUUCCAGGUGUGUUGACGAAUUCUGUAUUUCAACAAGGACGCUUAUAUUCAUAAGAGUAUAGAUUCCAUUAUCCUAUGGAUCUUUAAUCAUUUCAUUUUAAUUAUUCGGGAUCAUAGAAAUCAGUUCACUCACUUUGUUGAUAUCGCAAGAUUAACCGAGCCUUCGGCAGUGAAUCAUUGUUUGUUUUAUUAUUCUUAUACCAAUUUACAAGAAUGUCCAAGCUGUGUAAAAAUAAGUAGUGGAGACGUAUUCGUAGCUUUUCCUUGUAGAUGUGUUAUUGUUUAUUUCCAUCUUCAAACGAACCACUGAGAAGUUUACGGUUCUUCUUUCUUUACCUACUGAUGCUCCAAAAAAGUAUGAUAGGAUGUAAUUUAAGUGUUUCGAUUGUCUGAAUGAAUACCUUUUUAUUAUGAAGACAUUCAGCAUCAGCAAACAGUUUGACAAAUUCUGUUACUGAGUUUUUCUUCUCAAUGUUAACUGUAGAGUUGGAAGAUGAGGCUAAAGCAAUUAAUUGGUGGUUUAUUCCUGGACAAAAACAAUCUAGUCGUCUAUUUGCCUUGUGGAAUCGAACAGCAGGUGAUUGUCUGCUAGAUAGCGUUUUACAGGUUAGUGCUUGGUGAAUUAAUUACUCUUCAUUUAAAAGAACAACUAUGCAAAAUAGUCAAAUGCUCUUUACAUUUGUGUAUGAAAUUAUUCUAAACGGUUGUUGUAUUGUAAAAUAGAGAAGUAACAUUUUCAGUUUGCUUACCAAAAAAAUCAGGUUUCCCAGUUUAAAUCACGAUCUGAUUGUCGUUGAACCAACGUUAAAAACCUGGAAGUACUAGACGGUCGUUUUGUCCUAGUAUGGGACUCCUAAGCGCUGAGCAUUCAUGACCACACAUCCAAGAAUGGAACCCAGAACCUUUGGUCCCGUGGGCGAACUCUUAACCUCUAGACCACUGAGCCAGCCCUCAAUGGCGUUCAUGUCUAACUCCAAUGAAUCCACGUUGUUACACAACCCUCAUGCAUGUUUCUUCAAGUUUUUUUUACCAAGAUUACAAAUGAUAAGUUAAAAAUACACUGGUACUUUCUCAGGACUUCUGCCCACACCUUAGAUUCAUCUAACAGUGUGCAAAAUCUAAUGCUCCUGAAAUGAUUACUUUCAACUUUGUACAAAAUACCUGGUCUCGAGUUGCAGAUUUUUAUUAAGCUUCUGGAUACAUGGUGGUGAGAGAAUGUAAAAUUGAAAUACAAUAUAUGAACUAUUCUUUAACUGAAAUUAUUGCGUUUGCUCAUAACCUCUUUGUGUCAUGUUGUUUUUAUGCAGUUUCAGUUAUUCUAAAUACUUUCUAGUAAACAAAGUGAUUGAAUUGUGAAUGGAUAUAUCUUCUGUUUUAGGCUUGUUGGGGAGUAUUUGAUAGAGAAAAUUGUCUACGUCGCACACUCGCUGACAGUCUUCAGAAUUGUGAAGCAAAUUUUUAUCCACGCUGGCGCGACUACGAAGCAUUACAAGCUGCAUGUCAUUAUAUUUUAGAUGAAGAUCAAUGCCGAAGGGACUGGGAAAAUGUACUAACAGCGGCAUGUCAACCACGUAAGGUUACUAAUAGGAUUAUGUCAUAGAGAUUGGAUUGUUCUACGCUUUUUUAUUUUUUAAGAGUUUAGUCAAGAUUCAUAAUGGUAGUACCACUCAUGUGUCAUCUUCCAUUGGUUACUGAAAUGCUUGACUUUUACUGAUAGUUAAACUUUGUAUGCUUAUCAAUCUCUGAAGUCUUGUUUUAUGUAUACUGAAUUUGGUUUAACUUUCAUAUCUUCUGCAUACCCAACACUAUCCUCUCUAGUUACACUAACAUAUUUUGCAAUCGAUCGGUGUAGCAUGGAAACUUCCAUUUCUCAAACUUUCAAUUGAAAUAUCAAUGAGUCAGAUGAUCGGUUACAAUCACUGUUUAUCAAUGUGAUUUCUAACUCAUGUGAUUAUACAAGAUAAAGUACAAAACCACUAUGUACCACACUUUUUAAAUACCAAAAGUUACGUAACUAAGAUAUUUUUAACAAAACUAAGUAACUUAUUUGCGUUUGACAAUAACUAAUUAGUCGAAACAUAACAACACGUAUAAAAAUGUCAUAGAACAGUUGUUUGAUAAAUACUGCCUAAAAUAUAUAAACUAAUUUACUUAUAAAUAAUUAUGUAAUGCAGUAUUUUCCUUCUUUUCUCAACGUCAACAACUUUGUAAAUUUAAUUACCAGUGAGGCUGCAAGAAUGUAUACAUUCCAAAGACUUACCGCAUUAGUAGUGCUGAAAAACAUCAUAACGUACUUGAUUGAAUUAGUGAUUGAUAUGUAGUGAGGGGAGCCACCUGGCGUCAUAAAGUUUAACUCCCCAAUUCUGCCUUGCAUGUUAUCUGUUUAACUAUCAACGCUAACAUUUGAAUCUGUUGGUGCAUUUCGAAUCUCUGAAUGAAUUCCAAAAGACCCUACUUCUGAUUAACUCUCUUAUUUUAUUGAUCAUGUUUAAAGCCAGUAAUAGUUGUGAUUUAAUUUCAAGCAGUCUUUUAACUCAUGCAAUACUUCAAAUUGUAAAAUAAAGUAACGCAAACUUUUUAAAAUUUAUUUCCAUCGAUCUACUGGCUUUCUGUAAAAUCAACCUAUAUAGUCUGUAUACUACUAGCAGAAACAAGUAAUCAAAGACUAUAUUUUAUGGACUGGGUGGGGUUGAUGACUCCAAUUUAUGUAAUCGUUUGUAGGGGAAAAUCUGCUCAAGUAAAUGGACUCUACGUACAAAACUUUAUUAAGAUUUAUCCAAAAAAUAAUUAACUAUUUAAGUUAUAGGUGAUGAUACAGUUAUCGUCUUCGUGUAUGACUUUGUUGCUACUCCUUUCGUUUGCUCUCCUUUUUCUUUUUCUUCCUCUUCUUAUCAUUAUUACUACUUUACCUCUUGAUUAAUAUGGUUUUAUUCUAGAGAAGAAAACCUCUUCAACAUACAUAUCUCUGGAUGAUUCCUUUCAAAGUUGGAAAUAGUCAAAUAUAUUUAUUGUCCCUAGUUACAAACACUUCAUCUUAUUUGUUGUUUGAGAAUUUUUCAAAGAAUCACAUAAUGAAUAAGUGGUAUUUUAAUUUAAUUUAGAAAUUUAUUAGUAGUAGUGAAUAAGUUAUAUAGAAUAAACAUUUUCCAAAUAGUUGAUUAUUGAAAAUUGCAUAAAUCCCAUUCAUUUCAAUCCUCAAGUUUAAAUUUAAAAGAAAUCAAUGCAAUUUAUCAUUUACUAGUUUAUUUUAUUGACUUCAAUGUGAAUUAUGAAAGUAAAUGUUUCCCUAGAAACUAGUGAAUACACUUUUAAAAUAAAAUUUUCAUGUAAAUACACAUAAAGUGAAUGUCCAUUUGUAUAAUGUUUUGUGUAUUUAUUUGUGAUUGUCGAUUAUAAAUUUCACCAAUUACUCUUCAUUCAGAUGAAGCUUUAGAACAAAUCCAUAUAUUCGCUUUAAGUCAUGUCCUUCGCCGACCAAUUAUUGUAUAUGGUGUAAAGUACAUAAAAAAUUAUCGUGGUGAACCAAUAGGGAUAGCUAAUUUUCAAGGUUAGUUUAUUAUCCUGCCUGUAUCUUAUGUAUAAGUGCUAAUUUUUAUCAGAUCAGUUCUUCAAUCAUCACCGUAUCCUUGAAAUAUAUUUUUAACCAUCAUCACCAUACAUUUACUGUCAUGUGAUAUUGAUGUACUAUCAAGGAUUUUUUGCAAAGUUUAAUGGCUUACUAUACUAUUUGACAUUUAAAUUGUUAAUAUCAUUGCUUCUAAAUUAUUUCUUCUUAAGUAGUGAAUAAUAGUAACUAACAGUAGAAUAAAAGGGGUAUAUUUUAACUUCAUUAGCUAAAUAUUAUUUUUCAUCUUGUUAAUUUUAGGUUUUGUUCGCACUCCUUAAAAUGCCCACAUUAUAGUAGUUACCUCAUGUGUUAUUAUUUGUUAGAAAGACAAAGUUUUUUAUAGUGUGAAAGUAAACAUUUGCACUCGGCGGUAUGCGGGUAUAUUCUGUUCUCCCACUUUUGAAUGAAAAAAAAACAGACUACCGCUUUCAUUAAUAGGCAUUCCAAAACCAUAGUCAAUAAUCGACAUAUUUAUACUCAUAAGCAAAA